AUGAGCUCAGUGCAACAAAAAUCGACGAUCGAAACUUUACGGGAGGUAAUGGUACCCGGACAGGUAUUCAAGUACGAUCCUGACGAUGGUGAAUUGAAACUCUUACACGAUCAACCACCGAGAAGCGGCGAAUCGCAAGACGGAGAGGAUCCUAUUCAGCAGAUGAUUCUUAGCAUGGUGCAGAACGAAAAAUUAUGUAUGCAGAUACAAAUCGUUGUUGAUGGAUGGCGCGAAGUUUUCAUGGUCGUUGGUCAGAAUCGAUGUAUGAAGAUCGAAUUUAAGAUUGUUGAUAGCUACGUCCCAGCUGAAGUGCCAUGGAAAGCUUCGGCAUGGGGUAUAUACCCGACUGUGAGCCGUAUCUUGAGUGGAAAGCCGCGGGCGCGUGGUUAA